CGGUUUAAUUUGAGAAACAAAAAACUGCUACGAUAUAUAUUUGAACCGUAAAACGAAAAUAUAAAGAACCAAUAAACCAUCGCACAAAAAUGUGAAUAAUGUACAAGUUCGUGUUCAGCAUAUCGGCAUUACUUGUGUUGGAGAGAUCUGACUACAGAUCGUCUGUGUAAAUUGCGUGUUCCCGCCAUUGUUGGACUCAGCUGUUAUCGCUAAAUUCUUUAACAGCGGGUUUAUUGACCCCUUUUUCUUGUAGCUUUACCUGACCUAUUUCUCGAGUGAAAGUAGUUGGAAAGGAACGUUAAAUGUGCGGAAUAAUCGUAUUUUUAUGACUUGAUUAUCUUAUGAAACUUAAAUAGAACUGAUGAAAUUAUAUUUUAUGGUCUAAGAUUGGUUUUAAAAGUUAUCUUGUGAAAAACGGAUUUCAUAGCAGCGUCUACCUUCGAGCGUGGUUGUAAGCAAUAUAGUAGAGUCCCAACAGUUUAUUCACACGCACGGAUCCGAUAUGGUUUGGGGCGCAGUGGUUGCCAUGGCAGCGGCGCAGGUGAUUGGGGCGGUGCUGUACUCGAAGCUGGCGCUGGGGCCGUUAUGGCUGCGUGCCACAUUUCCGGGCAAGAGCGAUAAACAAGUUUGGGAGCUGCAAAAGGAAUCCUUCCAUGUAGAGUUUAUAGCCUGCAUCGUCUCCCAGGUGGCGCUUGUCCUCGCGAUACAUUAUGUUAUCGGACCGUACCUGGGUGUGCGGUCGGUGGAGCAGGGAGUGCGGGUAGGUCUCGGCAUGGCGACCCUGUCCAUGCUGGUGGACGUGGCCCACUGCGCCUUCAGUCGGCGAGCGGUCGUUGGCUUUCUCAUCGACCAUCUCUACAACGCAUGCGUGUUUGUGAGCGCGUGCGUAUCGCUAGCUUACUUUGGAUAAGAGCUGGAUUUCAUGUCGAAAGCAGCAUUAUGGAUUAGUAAUUUACGCACAAUGUGCAUACUCAUAUACUGCUGUGUGACUUGUGUAGUUCGUUCCAUUAUCAAUUUUUGAAAUGGAAUUUUGUGUUGUUAACUUGCAUUUUUAAUGUCACUUUGUCAUGGCCUCUAAACGCCAGCUCCACCACUUUACGGUGGUGCAAAGAAAAAGAGCUGUCGACACUUCCGUGGUGGAGCUGUGUCCUAUGUUUACAUGAACAAACGUGAGUAUGAUUUAUAUUUUAUUUGAUCAUUUCAUUUAACGGACAUAUUUCGAA